AAAGAGGGGAAACAGUGACAGUGGGAGACUCUCUACUUACUAAAGCUUGGAGAAUCAGUAAUUUUGGAUUAAUAUUGCAGUGCCAGAGUUUAAUCCAGUCUCUAGCGGAGACUAUGAUGAUGGAAAAAUGGGGAUGAAUGUGGGAGUGGACGAUGGAGGAGAUGACAGAGAGUAUGCGAGUAACAGAGGGAUUAGGGUCAGCCAUGUUGAGCAUCUGGCUUAGAGAUGUUCCAUGCUCCUGGACUCUACAGCAACACAUGAGCACGGGGAUUACAUGUGAAAAUGUGUGGCUGACGGCGUGACGGGCCAACAGAAAUUAUUUGAUUCUGUUGUGUUGACAGCUGACAUGAGGCUUCUCGGAGACGGGGUCCGAGCCCGGCGGGCGGCCGAGCCAGCAGAACCAGAAUCCGAGGAAGCCACCGAGCCCACUCACCAUGAGCCCACUCAUCCCGAGCAUCAUCACAAACACCCACAUGCAGAACACCACCCGGGCCACGACUACACCCACAUGAAGGAGAAGUUCAUGAAUGAGCUGGGCCAUCUAUCACUUCCUAUGUGGGCAGUGGGAGCCAUUGUCGUGCUGGUCCUGGUUUUGGUGGCCUGCUUCAUCUUCUGUCUUUUCAAGAAAUGUUUUGGGAAAAAGAAAAAGCCAAAGAAAGCGCGGGAGAGGAAGGCAGGCCGCCGCAGGAAGACCAAGGAAGGAGAAGGAGAACCUGGAGAAAAGGAAGGAGAGGUGAAGAAGGAAGGAGGUGAGGAGGAGGAAAAAGAGCAGGAAAAGCUCGGAAGGCUGGAAUUCUCCCUGGACUACAACUUUACAGAUUCACAGCUCAUUGUGGGCAUUCUACAGGCCCAGGACCUCGCCGCUAUGGACAUGGGAGGAACUUCAGAUCCAUACGUCAAAGUAUUUCUGCUGCCUGACAAAAAGAAGAAGUACGAGACUAAGGUUCAACGCAAAAACCUGUGCCCCGUUUUUAACGAGACUUUCAUCUUUAAGAUUCCAUACGCAGAGCUGGGUGGAAAGACGUUGGUCCUGCAGGUUUUUGACUUUGACCGUUUCUCCAAACACGACAUGAUAGGAGACAUCAAGAUUCCCAUGAACAGCGUUGAUUUGGGUCAGCCUAUGCAGCAAUGGAGAGAUUUGGAGAGCGUAGAGAAGGAGGAGGAAAAACUAGGCGAUGUUUGCAUUUCUCUUCGCUACGUACCCACAGCUGGAAAACUGACUGUAAAUAUUAUGGAAGCAAAGAAUCUUAAGAAAAUGGAUGUUGGCGGCUUAUCAGACCCAUACGUGAAGAUCGUUUUGCAACAAAAUGGAAAACGUAUAAAGAAGAAGAAGACAACAGUCAAGAAAAACACCCUCAACCCCUACUUCAACGAGAGCUUCAGCUUUGAGGUCCCGUUUGAGCAAAUCCAGAAAGUCCAGGUGGUCAUCACAGUCUAUGAUUACGACAAGCUGGGGAGCAAUGACCCCAUCGGAAAGACCUUCAUGGGUUAUGGAGCCACAGGAGUUGGCCUGCGUCAUUGGUCGGACAUGCUGGCGAAUCCCAGGCGUCCAGUGGCGCAGUGGCACACGCUCAUGCCUGAGGAAGAGGUUGAUGCAGCGCUGAAAGCAAAACCUCGUUAACCCACUCACUUCUGGGGUUUUAUUUGACGUUUGAUUUGUUCUGUGUUCAUGUUUUUUCCUUCAAACGAUAUGGGUUAUGGUGUAAAGGAAGUUCUGUUGUUGUUUAUAUUUAUUUUGUAAAUCUAGUGGAUUAAGGUGGUCUCCCACUGGGAUUCAACCAAGAAAGUUAUUGCAAAAUUUACAACUAAAGUAUUCAAAGUACUUUUGUAUGAGUGUUUGCUUGCAUGAUUAUAUAAGAUAAUCUCUCUUUCUAUCCUCAACCCAACGUGACCUCAGAACUUGUAAACCAGCAAGUGCAACAUCAGCAUGGAAUACAUGUUAGCUAAAAUAUAUGAUAGUUUCUAGCUUUAAUGUUAUGUUGGUUUCAUUUUGUUUUUUGUUUUCUUUGUUUGUUAUUUGGCUAGCUUUUGUUGUUGUGCAAGAAAAUUCCUGUAAAUCUAAUAAACACAUAAAAGCCUCACAUA